GUAAUGGGGUUUAUAACACUAUUUCAAGAAUAUACAGUUUAUAGUCGAACUACUGAGAAAUUGCAACAUCACCAGAUACUUAGUCCGUUGUUUGGAAACAAAUGAUUUACCCUCCAUCUCUUCGAAAAGGAUUCAGUUAAGAUUACGGAGUUAUUUAUGCACCCAGCCUGCAUUUUUCUGCGGACUUUGUCGAUCGACGCGUCAAUGUUGGGGAGUAUUUGCUGGCCCGCAAAUGGUUUAUUAUACAGAGCUUCGAAGUCUUCGUUCUGCAAAUUGUCUGAUAUAUGAAUGGUCAAAGCAGUAUUGGAAAGAGAAUAAAGACAAAAUCGCUAAAAGGAUUUUAAUCAAUCAAAUACUGUCCGCUUGGCCAAGCUGGCCUAAAAAGAAACCUGUGGCUCUUCCUCAAUAUUCUUGGAUGGAGUUCUUUACGUGUAAAUGUGGGUGGUUGUUAUGUAACCCAUACACACUUUCCUGUGGACAUACAAUUUGCAAAAUUUGUUUCGAAAAAGACCAGUUCUGUACAAAAUGUGGAGUAUCAAAUGGCAGACAGUAUAUUAUGAAUACUACCCUGGCUGGCCUCAUCGAACGGUGGUAUCCAAAACAUUAUGAAAUCACCAACAUGAAAAUCAAAGCAAAAGACUUAAUUGCCGAAUUAAAGUAUUCAGAAGCCCUUGAUAUUUUAAAUAAAGCUUUAGAUACCUUUCCCAGAGAUUAUAUUGCAUUGAACUUUCGAUCUCAAGUUUACCUCGCUCUUAAUGAAUUGAAAUUGGGUUACACUGAUGCCAAGCGAAGUUGUAAAAUUAAUGAAACUUGUGGUGAAUCCUUUUUUCAGUUAGGUGAGGCAUUUGCAGCCUUGAACAGAUUCGAUGACGCAGUACAAGCUUUCAAUACUUGCUUAGAAUUAGAACCCGAAGAUGGGGAAUUAAAUACAAAAGUCUGUGACAGUCUAGAUCAGUUGUUGACCAGAAGCCCGGGUCAGGAGAUUGAGGUCAGUGAAGAUGAAGGAGGUGAAAGUAGCAAAGAAAACGAUAUUCGUGGUGAUUGCACAGUGGAAGAUCAAGAUGGCCCCUCUAACAAAGAAAGCAGUCAUUUAGAUCCAUGUCAAAAUGUCUCACCUCAGGAAUUAAAGUUUACAUGUGAUAAUGGCAAAGAAAUUGCUAGCUGUGAUGUGGAAAAAAUAAAUUUAGAUUUAGCUACUUGUGAUAAAGAAGAUGAAAAAUAUUUAUUGGAGGAAAAACAAAAAACAGCCACUGAAGAUAAUUGUAGGGACCUCACAGUAGAGAAACAAUGCACAAUUCCAUCCUCGACUAAAUCUGACAAGCCAUGCAGUUCAUCUUCAAUCAAACGCUCUCACAGUCUUUCACCAGAACCAACCAAGAUAUCUAGAGUAGUGGAAAAGAAAGCAAAAAUAGGGAAAGAAACAACAGAACCACAGCUAGACGAUUUUGAAUGCAAACUUUGCUUUUUUAUACUGUUCCAUCCAGUGACUACAGCUUGUGGACAUGUUUUUUGCAGGAAUUGCUUGGAAACCUGCAUUGAUUACAAUCCAGCAUGCCCAAUUUGUAGGCGUAAUAUUUCAUUUAACGAGACUACUGGUGUUGGUAAUGUCACUGAAGUUAUACAAAGAGCUAUUGAAUACUAUUUCCCAGAUGAAAUAGAAGAAAGAAAAAACAAGCACGAAGAGCACAUGAGUCUAAUGGCCAGGGUUGGAGAAGAUGAAGAUGUACCAGUGCCUAUCUUUGACUGUACUUUAGCAUUUCCAACCAUCCAAUGUCCAUUGCACAUUUUUGAACCAAGGUAUAGAAAAAUGUUUAGAGAGUGCAUGCAGUCAGGCUCAAAAAAGUUUGGAAUGUGUCAAAGUAACAAUGAAGGUGACCAUAUAGAUUUUGGGACAGUUAUGGAAGUGAGACAUGUCCGUUACUUACCAGAUGGAAGAUCUGUUAUUGACACAGUUGGAGGAAGACGAUUCAAGGUUGUUGGUAAGAGCAAAAAGAAUGGCAUAUCAUACGGAAAGGUCGAAUAUUUUGAUGAUGAUACUUCUCUAUACCGAUCAGAGAUUGCUUGUGAACAGUUGAUAAACAAAUGCAAAGCAACAUAUGAUACUCUGUCGACAUAUAUUGGUAAUCUUCAUCCUUCUGAAAGGGAAUGUAUAACAAAUGCAUUAGGUCCAAUACCAUUAGAACAGCCAGAUGCACUGGACUCUCCAAAUGGUGAAUCGUGGGUCUGGUGGGCUGCAUCAGCCUUGCCAUUGAACGAUAAAGCAAAAUUAAUGAUGUUUAAGUCACAAUCUCUUGGAGACAGAGUGACAAUUAUCCAACGGUUCCUAAAUGUUCUUUCCAGAGUAAGACAAAAUAGACAGGUUCCUGCCAGCUAAAAACCAGCCUUGAAAUAACUGUUUCUAGUGUUUUAUAUUUUAGUUCAUCAGGAAUAAAAAGCUGUUUAACAGUAUGUUAUGACCAUGCAUUAUUAGAAUCCAGAAAAAUUGUUGUUUUCCCUAAGGAUUUUGAUGAAGUACCAUCAUUGUCUAUUCCUAUAGUGCAAUCUUGCAUUGAGAUGUUGCAAAGUGAAUUACUUUUUGUUGGAAUAAGCGUCACAUGAAAAAAUGUCAAUAACCUUCUGGUAAGAUGCAUUCCAGGUCACACAAAGCAAAUUCUGGUUUUGAUUUCAUUGACUCUAUAAUGCACCUCAAAUUGAAAUUUUUCUGGAUCCUGAUAAUCCAAUUUAGCUGAGUUGCCAAUUAUUGCAGCUAAUUCGUGUUAUUUAGACUAAACUAUUGAUAUUUUUACCAUUAUUUUGUUAAUUUAUUAGUGUAUAUAGGCCCUUUUACAUUAGUUUUUCAACACAGUUAAAAUAGUCAUAUUUUCUUUAUCAGGUUUACUUGUUCAUCCCAGACUAACUUAUCAUUUUGCUUCUCACUUGGUGUUUUUAAGCUUCAAUGAAAGAUGGAAAAUUUUUUCAAGCUUUAAAUUUAAGAAAAAUACCAGUUUCAUCCCUUAAUAUUAAAAUUCAAGAAGACAGAUUUUACCAAGUUGGUUAUCAAAGUGUGAUCUGCACUUGAUUUAUAUCUUCUGAAGGGAUAAUUUACUUGAAUUAGUUAUGUUGAAUGAUUGUAAAUUUUAGAAGAGUAUUUUUGUAUUACAGUUAUUCUUUUUAGGCUUCAUAUUUGCCAAUAAGAAGUUAAGGUCAGUUGUACACCAUUCUCUAAUCUUUUAAUUUGAAUUUUAGACUCUAACUUACAGUCCAUGUGUCCUCUUCAAUGUGUAGUCUUUACAUCAAAUAUUAAAAAGCGAAAUGAGAAUUUUCCGAUAACUGUGAUUUGUUGAUUCCCAAAUAAAAGCUCCAUUUUCCUCCUCUAUUAUUAGUAAGGAUGCCAGUAUGCUUUCCAAUUUUAAAAAAAAUACACCUUAACUAAGGCAGGAUACUGUAAUUUUCAUAAAUUUACCCUAUCUAUGCCCGUGUGAGAUAAGGAUUGGCAAACAUUGCAAAAUGGUACUCCUAACAAUUUCAGCUUCCGUUGCUUUUGUACUGUUGAUUUUGACAUCAAAGUUAUGCUACAUACCAAGCUGCUGUCCCUUAUGCAAUAAUGCAAGAAAACCAUGACUUGACCUGCUAUUUCUGAAGUAUUUAUGCCCUUUGAUGCUAACAAAUAAAGAAUUACCUCUGCAUAAUUUCUGUAUUUUUCACACACCUAGUUCAUUUAUUAUUUCGUAGAAGAUUUCUUUACAAUCGUUGAUGCAUCGUUACUACCUGUGUUUACAAUGGGUUAUUUAAAGAACUAACAUCU